GGAAGAUGAAUUAGCGGUGCAAAAUUUGGCUAAAUAUUACAAUACACAUUUGCAAUAUCUACAAUACAAUAUUUGUGCGUUGGAAGUUGGAACGUUGUGGAAGAUUGAUCUGUAUAUUGCUACAUGCACGCUCAUCAGUGGAACUGCUUUAGGAAAAUCCAAGUUUUAGUAAGCAGAGUUAAUGGAAAAUUUAAUGAACAGUUCGCUUUAGGCAACCGUGAUUUCUGUCACCAUCAUAAUAUCCAGAGCAGCUCAUUAAAUUUAUGCUUUACUUUGCUACGGUUCACUUUUUAAGCUGUUGUGUUGAUUAUAUAUUGGUCCGCAUAGCAUUAGUCGGGUAAUAAAGCACAUAAAGUCAAGACUAAAUAAAACAGUUAUCGCCUUCAACUUAAUCCUUACUUUUGGAUCAACAAAGAAAAAGGACUGCUCAUAAUAUUUACGAAUAUUAUACAAGUUAUUAACACACAUCGUUGGCAGAAGAAACCAUACGUCUGCACUUUGCAAGAUGUUGCACACAUACGGAUUUGUAUGCAUAUUAUUCUCAGAGAUCAUGUUUCAACUUUCAUCACACCGAGUGUCGUGGUAAUUUUAUUGUCCAGUGAAGUUGGUUAACUUGAGUGAGAAGUGCGCGUGGUUGGGCGUCUGCAUCUUGGAGAAAUGUCCUCAAAGUGUGACUUUGAAUUUCCUUUGGCAAAAUGAUCAUGCCAAAAAGUCAAUGUCGAUUUAGGAGGAGCAAGUUGUUGCCUUCCUCAGUUCUGAUUCUGUUUACAAUAAUUGGACAAAUUUUUGCACAAAACACUUUCAAAAGUAUCCAGUUGCGACUACAGAUUUGCAGCGGACAAGACAUCGGCGAUGAUGAACAAAAGGACAUAAUUCUCAAGAGUUUUUUAGGCAAUAUUCCCAUAUUGGGAGAAAAUUCGAGUUUAGAAAUUGUUCCAAGCAUCCACCAAAGUCAAAAUUGUGAAGCUGGUGUCAAUUUAAGGAAAAAUUAUCGAUCUCAAAUUACCGAACUUAAUGAAAUUGACGCUAAGACAGCCGGGUUUAGCAAAGGAUCCAUUACAGCGUACAUUUCUUAUGAGAACGAUGAAUUAAUAUUCCAAUCAGAAAACUCGACCUACACCCUAAAACAAUUCUGUGUCAGUCCAAAAGUUAGCAUUGAUGCCGACAAUAAUAAACCGUCCAAAAAAGUCGACGAAUCGCAACGGGCCAACUUUGCAAUUUUUGAAUGCCGUCAUGCACGAUCACGUUUACAUGGUUGCAGCCAGCAUGUGCCCUGCAUCCGCAAGUGUUGUCCGAUAGACGAGGCCUGGGAUGUUAAAAACUCUUCGUGCCAGAAGGUUGACAUUGCAGAGACGGCAUCUCGGGCUUGGGACCCCAAUUUCUAUGAGGUGACCGAUGAUGGAGAUUGUGUCAUUAAAUUGAAAGAUCUUCAUGGACCAAACACGCCACCACCGCAGUUUCACUACGAUAUUGGACCUCCACGCAAAUGUGGCCAGAGUGAAGAAUGGAAUGUAAUCCCGUCAAGAAAUAUACCCGGAGAGCUUGGUCUAGGAAGAUUCCGAAUGCUUUUAAAUGGAUCAGUUCUCAUGAACUAUGACAAUGGAUCUUGGGUCUCGCUAUCUCGAGGAACUUACUGCGUGGAUGAAAUUAUGACGACAAUGCACCAUAAUAAAAAUGGAACGCUUAGAAGAUGCAGACGAAGUACAAAAGUAUUGUUGGUGUGUAAAGAUGAAUAUCAAUUGCGUGGACCGAAGAAACCAAUUCCAUCCGAAUACGCAACAAUGCUGUUUUCUGCAGCCACAAUAUUGCUGCUAAUUGUGAUUGUCUAUCUGCUCCUUUGGGAUCGUCACAGCAUUUACGAGUGGACUGUAUUUUUUGAAGUACUCUCAAUGAUUAUGAUGAUCAUCAUGGUUGGCGUGUCACACUCCGUGGCACGAGAUGCGACGGAGGGGUAUUACGGGUCCAAGAGAUGCAUAGGCUUGGGUAUGGCCUCCCACUACUUUUUCCUGGCCACGUUUUUCUGGUUAGGUAUAAUUAAUUUCGAAAUCUGGUGGAACUUUAGGACUCUGACAAUUAGGAAUCGCAAGUCAAAGAAAUGGUUGAGACUAAUGAUUUAUCACGUAUUUGGAUGCGGUGGUCCAGCCAUCAUUGUAUUAAUUGGAUGGCUACUGGAUGUGAAAUAUGGACUUCAAAAUGACAAUAUUGACUGCACGAGCCUCAUCCUACCAAAUUAUGGGCAGCUCAACUGCUACAUUUCCAAAAGGGCGCAGGGACCUUAUCUCUACUUUCCCAUUGGCGUUCUCCUCGGGUUCAACCUCUUAUUUUAUUCUCUGACCGUUUUCAAAAUGUGCCAGUAUCAAAAAAAUAGUCAACAGAUCAGUCGAAAUAAAACGAAUGGUCAGUUUCAGCCGGUCGCAGUAUUUGCACGUCUCUUUAUCGUAAUGGGAGUGUCAUGGGUGUUUGAAAUUGUCGCAUGGGCCGUGAAGCCCAACGUGAGAGGAAGCGUUCCUUUGUACUGGGUCAUUUUCGACAUUGUCACUCUUGUCCAGGCCAUCGCCAUUUUUGUGAUAUUCGUCUGCAGAAGGGACGUUGUGGAAAGCUUGAUUAUCAAAUAUCCACCAUUUCAAAGGGUCCUAGGUCCACUACUUCGACUCUCUUGUUGCACAACUAAGCAGAGUAAAAGUGCCAGUCCAACAUCCGGACCUGUGAGAAAUGGGUUAGCGCCUUCACCCCAACAACACCCGACCUUGGCCCUCAACGGGGACAACAAAGUUUCAAACAUUUCUUCGCCAAGUAGUAUUUCUGAGCAAAUUGACCUUAAUCUCACAAUCAGUCUGAAAGAUAUCGUUGCUGGUCAAAUUAGUCCAAGCAUGAAUCAUAAAACUUUUGAUACGAUGACUACCCACGUAACCCAAGAGCUUCGUCCAUGAUCCUUAAUUUUUGAGAUGGUGAACGAACCUCAUUCUCAAAAAAUCAUACCAUGUAUGCUUGCCAAAAUAAAUAAAGUACAAAAAAUUGUUAAAGUUA